AAGUUGAGAAACAGCUUAGUACAUUGCGCAUACGGUCACACUGCUACCUUGCUGUCUUUUUCUUGCUCCAGCACUUUUACAUAAUCUUGAAAACUCAGCGAGAACCGAGAUGUCGUUCACACAGAUCGCGCGCAGCUGCAGUCGACUGGCGGCCACUUUGGCCCCAAGGAGGGUCGCCUCCGGCAUUCUCAUCCAAUCACAGGCCUCCAGGAUGAUGCACAGGAUCGCCGUGCCAUCGAUGACCAGCCAGUUGAGCCAAGAGUGCCGUGGUCGCUGGCAAACGCAAUUGGUGCGCAGAUACUCGGCGAAACCGCCGCUCUCGCUGAAGCUGAUCAAUGAGCGCGUCUUGCUUGUGCUCAAGCUCUACGACAAGAUCGAUCCCAGCAAGCUCAACGUUGAGUCGCACUUCAUCAACGACUUGGGACUGGAUUCCUUGGACCACGUGGAGGUCAUCAUGGCCAUGGAGGACGAGUUCGGUUUCGAGAUCCCCGACUCUGAUGCCGAGAAGCUGCUUAAACCUGCCGACAUUAUUAAGUACGUCGCCGACAAGGAGGAUGUGUACGAGUAAAUUGUAAUUGUAAUGCAAGCCAUUGAACGGAUUACACUUAAAUUUAAAUAGAAAACAAGUCAAAUACAAUUUGAUCAACUGAAUAAACCAAACGUUAAAUUAACUUGUAGUCAGCAAUUGUACACGAGGGCUAUAAUUAACUGCGGAAUAGCAGCUAAUAAAUUAACUAUCC